UUCUUUGUUUUAAAUACGUUUAGAUAUCUUAUUUCGUUGAUGAUAAUGCAUUUUCCUCGAUAAUAUUCAAGAAUAUUGAUUCCUCUAUCAAUGGGUAUGUUUUAGGAAGAUUUUUUUUAGAAUUGUGUUGUCUAUGACGAAAAAUGAUUUCCUAUUAAAAAUUAUGAGCAAUUAGUGUCAAGCAACACUAAAUAUAAAACGUCAAAAAAGUCUUAAAAAAAAGCCGCAAGGCAACUGUUGUAGUUUUAAUUUAGUUUUUAAACUUAUUUGUGUUUAAUUAUUGUUGUAAUUAACCUCUGAAAGAGUGUAAUAAGUGCUUAUAUCUAGUCCUAGACAUAUGUAGUAUCUUAUGAAGUCAAAGCAAUAGCCAUGAUUAAUUUAAUGUGCCAUAAAAUUGUUGAUCGAUGUGUCUUUGUUGUGAAAACAGCGAAAUUUGGUGCUUUAUAAAAACAGAUAAAGAGUUAUAAUUUGAAAAACUAAUAUCGGACGUGCCCUGCUUAUUUUGAGCAUUGUUUAAGAGGAGAUCGCCUUAAAUCGGUACAAUCCCGCCAUUAUUUUGCACACUAUUUCGUAAUUGAAAUGGAAUUUCCAAAUAACUUAAAAAUCGUCAAUAUUGCAAUAUGUUUUUAAUGAUACAAAAAACUAUCUAAAAUGUCUACUCUGCAAAAUCCGUGGCCUCAAAUAUCAAGUGAGACAUCAGAGAAAUACGAAAAGUGUCGAAAUAUAACCGAAGAAAUAUACAAAAGAAUAAAUAUAACGUUUGAAAUCAAAAAGUUGGAGACGGACGCUCAAAGCGAUCUAUCAGAUCAGAGCGAUAUUGACAGUAAUGAAUUGAGCAAUGAAACGGAUCUGUUUGCUUGCGAUAAAUCAUCAAUAUCGAGUUCCACGGAGUUGGAGAAACUGGAACACGGCAGCGCUGCUUGUGAGAAAUACAUUAACAACAACAAUAUAGAGGAAAAAAGAAAAGUUGUUCAUCGACGUCCCAAAAAACGAUUCCGGAAACGUGUCAAGAAGCAGCCAUUUAAACAUGAUUCUGAUGGGUCCAGCGACGAAGCCCUACCUCUUAGUAGAGUGGCCGUGGACUACAGAGAUAGGGCACCGCCCUCGCCUUGCCAUACUGUGAUGGGAGUACCCAGUAUUGUUAUCACACCCAUCGAUUUAAAGAAAUUCAAAUCACCGUCGCCGGAGAAGAAGGUGUCCAGGAAGAUAGACACAAAGAAAGAUUCCAUAGACAAUCCGUCUUUAGAGAAAAAUGUAGACAACGAUGACAUCACAGACAAUACGGUAGAUAAGGAAAAGAGUUUGGACUGGCGUUGUUCAUUGUGCAGUUUGUGUUUCCGAGGGGAGAGAGGGCUAAGACGUCACAUGACAAUGUCUCAUAUAUUGACGGAUAAGAAGAAAUGAGGUAUUUUUCCCAUUUGUUUUUUUGUAUGUUUUCGUUUUUUCACUAAAUUUAUAUACAAAAUUAAAAGUUGUAUGUUGCUGAAAGUGACUUUAAAAUAUUUUAUGUUUUGAAAAUAUCAAAAAAAUAAUAUAUUUUUUUUCCCAAUUUCAUCUGUCUUCCUUUGAUUUUAUUGUGUUAUAGAUAAAUAAUAUCAAAACUAAUUUUGUUUGAAGAUUUUUUUUAUUUCUUAAAUUACAGUGUUUUUUUUUUUAAUAUAAAAAUAUAUACACAAGGAAGUGUUAUCGGUUUUGUAAUCGUUAGUAUGUUUCGGUCACAACAUUGUGCUCGUUCGGGAUGUUCGUAAUUAUUUAAUUUUUGAUUUAAUUAGGUAUAGUGAUAGAUAGGAAAAUUUUGGAAUGUUGAAAAAUAAUGUGAUGUGAUGUCGGAGAUGGUUUGAAAUGGUAGUUGGCAGUAUGUUAAUGAUCUGAUAUUUUUGCUCGCAAAAUUUAUCGAUUACUAUAUAUAUAUAAAAAUAAUGACAUAACACUGAUUAAUAAUCUAUUAAAACGGAAAAGUCACCUGAUAAUUUAAAACAGACCUCUAUAUAUAUAUAUAUAUUUCGUGGGUUUGUAUGUCUUAUCUUUGUCUGCCCAACCACCAUGACGCGCCAUCCUCCGGCCAGGGUCUGAUACUGUGAUUGCUUCGUAAUGUGAUUAUAGGAUACGGAUUGUUAAGAUUUACUUUUUUCUUCAUUAUAACUUUUUUUUUUUUGGCAAAUUUAAAUAAAAUUUAAUACAUUAUUGAAAAUAAUAACGUGUUUGAUAUUAAUGAAAUUAAAUUAAAUGGUAAGUAAGGUUUGGAAGACAAAAAAAAAAAUCAAAAUUAGAAAUAUAUGAAACUGGUUGUAAAUGAAAAAAGUAAAUCUAUAGCAGAGUUAAAUGAAUGAAAUGAAAAGAUAUUUCAGUACAAAAUUUAAAAAAAAAAUGUAAAAAAUACUAUUGUAACAAUGUUUUCUAUAUAUGUAUUUAUGUAUAAGUAUAUAUUUUUCUUUGUAACUUUUACUACAAAUAUUUUUUUUCUCUACAUAAGCCAGAUAUAUAUGUGACUAAAAUGAUUUGCGAGAAUUAAAAUUUAAAUUAGUUCGCACUACCCGGUUUCGAACCUGUUGCCCGCUUGAUGCAUGCGUUCGCUUUACCAAACUGAGCUAUCGUGUCUCAACACUACAGAGCAGUUUGUAAAACAGGUUGAGGCUUGUAAGUGAAUUUGUAACUCGACAUUUCUGUGAUUCUAAAAUUAUUACAAGAAUUCCUUUCUGAAUUUGCAUAAUCUGAAAAUUUUAUUAUUUCAUAGAAAAAAAUUUUUGUUUUUCAAGAUUUCUGACUAUGGGACUGUAUGUAUAUAUAAUUUUUAAUUAAGUCUGUCUAUAGAUAUUUAUAUGUAUAUAUUAAUUUUUUUCGGUACUGCUUGUGUUAUUUUUAAAUGAGGUGCUAAGUAAAUUAUAAUGGUCCAAGGGGCUUUGCUAUUUAUAAAAAAAAAAAAAAAAUGUGUUUAAAAUUAAAUCAUUAAUUUCGACUUUCUAAGUACGUGUGAUUCAACAUAUCAAAUGUAAGCGAACUUUUUCUUUUAAGAUAAAAACUUUGUACGUGACUUUUCCUUUAAAGGUAAUCGGAACGUGUGUGUGUCGGUUACUUCCCUCACACGCUGUAAACUAUAAUGUUUAAGAGAUAUCUGUUGGGUGGUUUCUGUGUACAUGUUGCAAUCGAUUCAGAAAUAUUAAUAAUGCAAGCCUGGCGUUUAUCUGCGCCAUUUUUUUUUUCAAAAGCACUGAUUACGUUUGUAUAUUUUUUAUAAUUGGACAUGGACAUACUAUUUUCUUGGAAGGUUCUGGAAAUGUUCUGGAAGUACAGAUAAUGUUUAAAAAGAUAAUUAAUUGUCGAAUGAAUGAGUUUGAAUGGACGAAUGGAAUCCGCACGGGUGAAUGAAAGAGCGAUCGGACGAGUGAACGAGUGAAUGAGUGUUGUGAAUGUAAUCGCAGAUUAAAAAUAAAUACACGAGAAAUAAAUAAAAUAUAAAGCGUGUGAUCUCUUUCGUGUCAUUUUUGGUGCAAUCGGUGUUGCCAUAAAAAUGUUAUUAUAAUUUAAAAAAUUUUUGUUAUUAUUUUGUAUUAAGAAAUAAAAAUACGUCUUUGAAAUAUAAUAUUAUUAGAAUUUUAAUUUAUUUGAUUGUCUCAUAACAUUUUUCUCAUAGUGUAACACUUAUUGUUUCUUUUGUAUAUGAUACGCUGCCGCUUUGGAAUUUUGACGUGGUGAGUGAGAGAGACAGCAGCGUUAGAGUGAGACGGUUGCUAAAGGGAUGUCAGUCGUAUAAAUCAGGAUAUUUUUUUUUUUUCUGAAUCAGCCAUCGCCUAGUCUUUGUUUAAAUGAUGAUCGUCGCAAAUUUAUUCGCAGACAUUUGGUGUAUAUUAUUGUUUUUGUAACUUGCCAUUUAUAUUUUAUAAAUAUUUUUUUUUGUUCUGGCAACUUUGUAUGUCUAGUCUCUUGUUCGUGAGGUGUGCUGGUUAAUAUAUGUUAUUUCUGAAA